UCAGCCCAAUAGCAGAAAGAAAUGCAAUGAAAUGUAAUAACCAAGAAAAAAGAGAGGGGAGUGUUGGUCACCUAGUAACCAUCUACGCCCCCUCCACAUUCCGACCAAUCCUCUUCCACCUAAGUCCAUAUUAACCAAGUCCAGCUCCACCUCCUCCUCUUUCUUUCUGCUCAAUAGCAGUGUUAACAUCAGAUAAGUAUUUAAUCCAGUGUCUGGUUGUUUGUGCCAGAUCUCACUGUUUUAUGUUCUAUCAUAUGAUUUUCCCUUUUGUGCUAUUUAACCCGGUGUAGAUACUUCAUACACCGGGCCUUUCUACAUCUUUUUUCCCCUAUUUUUGUGGUUUUUUCCUGUACUUUAUCUCUAGACGUAUCCGCCCUCCCUGGCGUUCAUACACUGUUUUUCUCCUGUUUUGCCCCCUUUCUGGCCCCUGCCGGUGUUCCGUGUCUUUCUUUCGCUAUUCGCACUCAUUACCUGUUGUUUUCGGGCCGUCGCCAUUGCGGUGACGUCGGCUUUCUUCUCCUCCCUUCGUCUCCGCCCUCUCAUCUCGCUCCCUGCGCGCUUCUCGUACACGCUACGUCAGCGCGUCACGUGAGCGCGCAGGGUCUCGCGAGAAUACGCGGCUCGGCCUCCCACAGUGUGUUAGAACACUGGGUACGGCCGGGAGUCGCGCAGGGCUCCGUGGCAUACUACGGCUACUGGAAGCGCUCUGAUAGAUGCGCUGACAGUGCCGCGAUCCUGCCGUGUUGCUGACGUACAGCUGUCUGUGACAGCUGUGUCAGUAACCCUCAGGUUACGGAGCGGACUGCGCCUGUUUUUCCUUCCUGUACAUACGGUUAUACUAUAUACAUAUAUACCCUUGCCUUAUAUACAAGUACUUACUGUGGCCUACCCCACCUUUUCUCUUUACAGACCUGAACACUAUUGUGUGCUCCAUGAUGGAUAAUAAAUUGGAUAUGACCCUGGGGGAUGGCCCCAUUCCUGCUCAUACUGUUCAUACUGAUUCUAUGUCCGCUGCUGAAAUUCACCAGCUAGUGAACAAUUCCAUUGCAUCCGCUCUCACGUCCGCCAUGGCGGUCAUGAAUGACAACAUUUCCAAAUCCAUCUCAUUGGCGGUAUCUCAAUCCCGAAAUGACAUUGCAGUGAUUUCUGCAGGUCCGCCGUCCGCGGCGACCAUACCUAAUCCGGUUUCUGAACCUCAGAAGUCCGGUAAGUCUGAGAGGAAACGCCACCACUGCUCGGACGCCAUGACCUCUCCCACACCAUUGCUGACGGUGGGAGAUGGACAAAAUAUUUCAGGCGGCCCUUCUCAUUCGGGCGCCAACCCGAAAUCGGGUUUAAGACCCUCCACCCGGGAGGAAGACUAUGAUGUACGGGCGACACGCUCUGCUAAGCGGUCAAAACCCGAUUCAUACAUUGAGGAAUCGGAGGCGGAGUCUGAGGCAGAUUAUGAGGUGUCUUUACCCUCUUCUAUCGAAGGCGAUGAAGAGGAGGUAGGUGAUAUGGAGGAGUGCGACCCCACCGGGUCUGCUACUGCUACGGGCAAUCCACACGCCAUAUUGGACUCCCUGGGGGUGCCAUUUUUUGACCCGGACGACAUUAAACAUCCCAGGUCUGGGGAAUGGUCCCCGCUGCCGCAGGUGGCUAAAUAUGUGGAGGCGUGGCUACGGAAACCUUUAGAUCGCAGUAACCGCAGCAAGUUACGAUCGGAAUGUCCGCGUCCUUCAGUGGCCAACAAGGUCGCGGCUACUCCUGAACUGGACCCGAUUCUUAUUAAAUACUUGCUAAAAUCUGGUAAAAACCCGAAGAAGGGUCUGGACAGAUCCUUCAUGUCCGUACAGGACAAAUUGUUGGACGUCUUGGGACCGCUUACCAAAAUUCUCAACAUGGCUGAGCAUGCGGUGGCAACAGGCGGCUUGGUGGACGCGGGUGUCCUCAGGAACUGGGCCUUGAGGGCCACGUGUCUGUUGGGCAAUGCAAACUCAGCGAUGUCCGCUGAGCGGCGUCGCUCGAUACUGAUGAGGCUGGACCCGCAGCUGACACAUUUAGCUACCGAAGAGCCGGGCCCAUCUGCUGAGGGCCUCCUGUUUGGAGACUCUUUGAUUAAAAACAUCAAUAAAUUCGUAGGAUUGUUCUCCAGCCUAGAUAAGGCGCAAUCCUCGUUGAAAAAAUCCGCUAAGGUUUUCGGCAAAGCCGGAAGGGGCAAGGGUCGACCUUCCGGCAGAGGUGCUUAUUUUCGACCCUAUGCUAGACCCACCGUCCAGUAUGUGCAGGACAGACCUCAACCUCAGGCGGCCCCUGCACCCGUGCCAACCAACCCCUUUUACCCAACCCGAGGACGGCCCUGGAGGGCACGUGGUACUUCCAGAGGUUUCUCCAGAGGCAGGACCACAGGGUAUUGAAUGCUGCAUCCGAGUGAGUAUCGUUGGAUGAAUUUUCUGUUCCUCCGGGUUUCGGACCUCUUUGUUGGAGGUCUGUGGAUGGAUCGUUUUUCAGUUCUUACCAGACAAGGUUGAGUUCUACAGUUCGAUGAGGAUUGGAUCCGCCGUGGGAUUCGUGUUGCUGUUCUACUCGUUACGCCUUUCUCCUGGUCUGCCGUAUCGGUUGCGGUGGACUGUCUGCAUAAAGAAAGAGGAGGAGGUGGAGCUGGACUUGGUUAAUAUGGACUUAGGUGGAAGAGGAUUGGUCGGAAUGUGGAGGGGGCGUAGAUGGUUACUAGGUGACCAACACUCCCCUCUCUUUUUUCUUGGUUAUUACAUUUCAUUGCAUUUCUUUCUGCUAUUGGGCUGA